UUGUUCUCACAUGAAGCGGCCCCUUCGACAUUCUAUCUUGUAAUGUUAGGAUGGAAGCUUAGGAAUCAAAGAAACAUCUGUAGUGCGGGUUGGCUUUCUACCUUCCUCUGCCGUCUGUUACUAUUCGCCACAACGGAAGUGGCGUCAGUUCAGCUCAGUACAACCAGAGCGCGUGGGUUCGCGCUGUUUCCGAGAAAUCUGACUCACUUCUAGAACUACCUCCAAUUUCCAGUACAUUCAUAAUUAUUCUGCACAGAGAUGGACACACGUCAAGGGUGGACAAACAUGCAUCACAGAUGUCCUAUAUGCCUUGACAGUAUGGUUAAACCCCAAACUAUCAAGUGUGGUCAUGUUUUUUGCCAAGAUUGCUUAAGUCAAGCUUUGAGGAUAUUAAAUGUUUGCCCCAUUUGUAAGGAGCCACAAGGUGUGGUGAUGGGGAAUCAACCACCAGGGCAAAUGACUUGGUCUACUCUGCAUUCCAGUCUCCCAGGUUACUCUGGGUGUGGCACCAUCUGCAUACAGUAUUCGUUUCAAUCAGGAAUUCAAGGCCCAGAGCACCCAAACCCUGGUCAGCAGUACAGUGGUACGCAUCGUACUGCGUACUUGCCUGAUAAUCGCGAGGGUAAAGAAGUCUUGCAGCUGCUACACAGAGCUUUUAACGCACGAUUGGUUUUUACUGUGGGUACCUCCAUAACAACAGGACUAUCCAAUCAGAUCACGUGGAAUGAUAUACAUCAUAAGACAAAUACAACGGGGGGUGCCCACGGGUAAAUUUGGUUAUCCCGAUCCACACUAUCUCCAACGUGUUAAGGAAGACCUCGCCGCGAAAGGGAUCCGGUGAUCUUUAGCUGUAGCAAGGCCGCUUACAUGAAGAUAAAUUGUAGCCAGGACACUAUACAUGUUUCAGUUUUUUUCGGAACGAAGACCUGGCUUGUCAACUGCACAUAACAAUCCUUGGAAAUUUGCAAAAUAGUACUGUUAAAAAUUUGUCCUGUUAAGAUUUCAGUUUGUGUUCUUCUACUUCCUUGCUUGGUCAUUUUACAUGGACAGCCUUUCUUGUUAGGGAAGGGAGGGCGGGGGAUAUUGGAAGAGUCACAUGGUUUUAAGGGAGGGCGGUGGGGAAUCAAUCGUGGCCGACAGAGUAUAAAGGGUUGACUUGAGAAAAUAGGCUGCCAAUUAAUUGCGGCUGAGGGGGAGGGGGGGGGGGUUAAAAGAAUGUCAAAGAGCCUCAUGGGGGGAUCGGGUAAAUUUUAUCAUGACACAACCAAAAUGCUCCAAUCCCCCUCCCCCCGCGAUAAAAAAUGACCAGUUCCCUAAGGGAUUGAUGUUAUUGCAAUUCUUUGAAAGUUAUGUUACAUUUGAAGAGUGCAAAUAUAAUUUUUUCGGCAAUAAACGUUCGACGAUAGAUAC